AUGUUUAUAUUUAAUCUAUUACGAUCAACAUACAAUUAUUGUCGUGUAAAACUCAUCACACUCAAUCUAUUUGAUUCUCAAUCAACAGAUCCAACAAAAGUGUAUCAUGAAAUUCUUUCAACUCGUUUAUUUAUUGUUCUAUUUGGAGCUUCACUUAUUAUACUUACCACCUAUACAUCUUUUAGUCCACAAAUGACGACUGAAAAGAUUCAAUCACCGUCUAUAUCUGAUUAUGAACGACUUCAAAAACAAUAUUCGGAUACUCUUCAGUGUUUAUGUUCAAAGAUAUCGAUACCUUAUUAUCGUUUUACUAAUGUUGAUUUGUCAUUUCAUCAGGUUUGUUCAAGUUAUUUUAUUUCACAAGAAUGGAUUGAUUUUCUAUUCAAAAAUGAUGGUGGAAAUCUAUGGCCAAUGGAUGUGCGAACAAGUUUAAGUGCUAUGUGGCAACUGAUUACGAUACUUUGUGCACACUCGGUAAAAGUUUUCUACAAUGCACUUUUUGAGUUUGGAGUGUCGUUCAUAAUUAGUUCCACAGUUUUAUCAGAAGAUCGAAUUCAAAUUAAUAUUCAAGAAGCUGUGAAUGAAAUACAACGAACCGCAUCCAAUACGUUUUUAUUACCACUUACUACGAUUCAACAAAUUACACAAAUAAAUAGUUUUAUGACAGGUACAUCAAUAAACUAUGGCAUCAGUGAAGUUAGUCAACCGCUUGAAUUGAUUGAAUCUAUUCAAGUUAUUGCAAAUAAAUAUUUACGAAAAGGAACAACAACUAAUUGUUCAUGUUUAAAUAAGGUAUCAUGUCCUAUGCCUGGUGGAAUCUAUUUAUAUGAUGUAUGGAAAACUGACGGAUUUUUUGAUCUAAAUACUCUAGUCCCUAAUGAAACAUUGCCUGGUCUUGUUGUUGAUUGUUUACCACUUCAAACGACAUUUGCUUCAUCAUUGGAAUGUUUCUACAAUCAAACAUGCCUCAAUAAACUAUUUUCGACCUAUUCAACUAUGAUCAAUGUUGAAAUACUUGAUCAAUCUUUAUCAAGUCGAUUUCCAUUAAAAACAAACAUCGAAUCAAUUGUUCGUGAAUUAUUUAUUGAAAAGUUUCAAAUUCAAACCAAUUAUAAUUCUUAUUUCGAUGCAUGCGCACCAGUUUACUGUAGUUAUACUCGUGCACGUCGAUUUGACUGGAUCUAUGUUAUGACGACUCUUAUUGCUCUAUAUGGAGGAUUGAAUGCAGCAUUUUAUAUCAUUACCCCUUACUUGAUCGAUUUACUGUUAUUUGUGAAGAAAAAAAUAUCUCGACGAGAUCGAUUUCAACAGAACGAAAUUGUUAAAAUUCACAUUCUUCUUUGGCAGUGGUUUCAUAGACUGAAAGUAUUUAUAAUUGAGCUCAAUUUGUUCGACAAUUAUUCCGAUGAUCCACUUGAUAUUCUUCGUGGACGUAUCUCGACAUGGCUUUAUAUUAUACUGUUAAUCACUAUUAUGACUAUUAUAACUGUAUUUACUAUGAAUACAUCUUAUUGGGCAACUGAAACUAUUUAUUCCCCAUCAGAAAAGCAAUAUGAAGAUUUAUAUCAACAAUAUCCAGAUACACUACAAUGUCCUUGCACUAGUAUUUCGAAUCCUUAUGGAUCAUUCGUCCGAGUUACACUAAGACAGCAUCAAAUAUGCGAAAGCAAUUUUGUUCAACCAUGGUGGUAUCAAACUUUAAGUUCAGCAGAAAAUUAUAAUUCAACAUUGAAUUCUUCUAUAUUUAUUUCCUCUUAUUUUCGAACAAUAUCCAUGCUGUGUGAUAUAACAAAAUCAACUCUAAACGAUGCAAUACGUCAAUUUUCUUCUACAACAUUUGUGAGUUCUCACGUUCGUCAAAAGCAAUUCAUCGUUUUACAAACGGAUCAACUUUUUUCAGUGCUUAACUCUUCGGCAAUAACUGAAUUCGACAAUAUUAUAUCGCUAAUCAAUGGAGUACUUCAUACAAAUCAAUAUAUUAGUGGUCGACAAACAAAUGUUUUACUCAAGAAGCUAUUUUUCAACGGUUCUAAUCAAGCAAGAAUAGUUCCUAUUACGAAUUCUGGCUAUGAUGACAAUGGUCAACCAUGUUAUUGUGCUCAAAAUCCAUUAUGCAACAUAGAAACACAUUAUCGAGAUUCAAUAUCAUGGACAAUACCAGAGCUUAUACAGGGUAUUAUAGAUGGAAAUACUUUUGUAUCCAGCUAUUUAUUAAAUUGGUAUUGGCCAUUAUAUAAUAAUAGUAAUGAAACAAUAGUUCGAGCACAUGCUAUGACAUUUAAUAAUUCAUGUUCAUAUGGAACACUAAUUAAUUGGAUUCAAUCUGAAGUUAUUUAUUCUUCAGCGCUGAAUAGUUCACAUUGGAUGAUGCCUGGACUGAAUAUAGGCUGUUCCAUUGUGGACACAAUGCGACAUUCAACACUUCAAUGUUUGUACAAUCAAACAUGUGUUGAUCUAUUGCAACUUUUUGUUCAGAGAAAUUCCGACCGUCUUCCAAAUGCCAUCAAUAUAACAGCUUUGGAUUCUAUGUUAAACACACGUUAUCCACCAGACACUAAUAUUCUUCAAAUGAGCUAUCAAUCAUUUUUUGAAGAAGGUCUAUUUGAGAUCUCCUAUGUGGACUUUUAUAAACAAUGCGCUCCAAACUAUUGCUCCUAUACAUAUGAAAAACACAACAAUUAUCUAAUUAUUAUUUCGCGAAUUUUAGCUCUGUGGGGUGGACUUACUCUUAGUUUCGGAUAUCUUGCUCCAUGCAUUGUUCGACUGUGGUUCACCAUUAAUACUUACUGUCACAGUAACAGAGUACAUGCUGUCGCUUAA